UUGAUUUUCAAAUGAUCUUCCUCAGAGUGAGAAUUUCAUUGGCAAUCACUAUUUCCAGGAGAAGUUUCAAAGGAGUUACAGAGAACAGUGAGUAAUAGUACAUUGACUCUUAAAACUAGUUGUGUAGAUGAUGGUUAUGUGUGUAUUGUUCAUCUAGUGACGCUGGAUACGGUCCAAGUCUCCAUGGCUCUUAUUGGUUCAGUGACUUCCGCCUCAAUCUUCCUACUGCUUCUGUUGCUUUGGGCCUUACUACUGAUCAUUGAGAGAUUCAAACAGGUUCCAAAGUAUUGUCCUGAAGGUCUACAUUCUGAAGUAGACACAGCCUUCCCACGGAAUACACUCCUCUCUAACACCACAGAGACUGGAGAGAAACCACCAGUUACCCCAUCAGAGAGUCCUGGACCAACACAGAACGCCCAACACAGAUGCCUAAGCUCACUGAGUAAUGAGGGUAAAGUGCAUCCCACCUCUAUUGUCAUCAAUGUCACCACCAACAUUAAGCCAUCCCUUCAACAUGGAGGUGAAGACGGCCCCUGGGAGGGUCAGAGAGGACACUGUCACACACCAGAGCAGAUGGAACAAAAACUGUUAGAAAUCUGCACAGUAGCUCAAGGUCAGAGUCUGGAGGAGCUAAACUAUGACACAGUCCAGGACCUGUCUCUGCUGCUGGACUCAGGGGGCUGUGGCCGGGGCAGCGGGGUGAGAAGGCUGGGCUAUUCCCUGGGUGUCACCCCGGAGGUCCUUUCUAACCUCCAUGGCUUCCAGGAUCUCUUCCAGUACCUGCGCACCUCCACCUACAUCCUACUGCCCCAACUGGCCCAGGCCGCCGCCCUCCUGCCCCGCCCUGACGUUGUUGCUAGGAUACACCGUGGUCUGGUGACCAAUCACACAGAGACAUCCAGGCCCUAGGGACAUGUUGCCAAUCCCACCUUGGCCUGUGUGACAUACAGUGCAUUUGGAAAGUAUUCAGACCCCUUGACUUUUUCCACAUUUUGUUACG